AUGGGCAUUCUUCAAAUGUGGAUGUUUCUGCUGGUGGCAUGUCUGCCUCUGGUUGCAGCAGACAUGGCUUUUGCUCACCUGAAGAAUUUAAAGGCAAAAACCUCACCUGCAGUGCAAGAACAGGCAAGCAGGGAUUUGAUUGCUCGACUCAUCAAAGAAAGAGCAUCUGAUUUUGAUGUUCAUGUGAAUGAGUCUGUUGGACCAGCAGAUCGAGAUACUUUCCAGUUGAGCUCUACAGCAGAUGAGAAAAUCAGGAUUGUUGGGACUACUGGGGUUGCAGUGGCCAUGGGUUUCUACCAUUACCUCAAGUAUUACUGCAAUGGACAGCGAACUUGGGCAGGACAGCAGACUGAGCUUCCCCCAACUCUACCUGUCAUCAACAGUACAGUGACCAUUACAACAAAUGAUAAGUUUCGAUACUACCAGAAUGUGUGCACACUGAGUUAUUCAAUGGCCUUCUGGCAGUGGGACCGAUGGGAACAGGAAAUUGAUUGGAUGGCAUUGCAUGGAAUCAAUUUGCCACUAGCUUUUAUAGGGCAGGAGGCCAUCUUCCAGACAGUGUACUUAAGCUUGGGCUUCACUCAAGCAGACUUGAAUGAGUUUUUUGCUGGACCUGCUUUUUUGGCUUGGGGUAGAAUGGGUAACCUCCGGGGAUGGGGUGGAACUCUGCCUCAGAUGUGGAUCACAAACAAACUGUUGCUGCAGCACCAGAUACUAGAACGCAUGCGUUCCUUGGGGAUGAUUCCAGUGCUUCCUGCAUUCGCUGGACAUGUUCCAAGUGCAAUCACAAGGGUUUUCCCUCAGGCUAAUGUUACACGGUCACCUCUCUGGAGUCAUUUCAAUUCAACAUACAGUGCCAAUUACCUCCUGAAUUUUCAAGAUCCAUUAUUUAUCAAGAUUGGCAAGCUAAUUAUUGAAACAAUGAGGAAUGAGUUUGGCACAGAUCACAUUUACAACUCUGACACUUUCAAUGAAAUGGAACCAGCAUCAAAAGACCCACAGUACUUAAGUGCUUCUGGUAGUGCUGUAUUCAAUGCUAUGCUGGCUGGAGAUCCUAAGGCUGUUUGGCUGAUGCAAGGGUGGUUAUUCCUGGACAGCUCAUUCUGGCAACCUGCCCAAGUGAAGGCUCUGGUUACGUCUGUUCCUAAGGGUCGUAUGAUUAUCCUUGACCUGGCCUCAGAAACCAGUCCUGUGUAUCAGAAGCAUGAAUCUUUCUAUGGUCAGCCAUUUAUUUGGUGCAUGCUACAUAAUUUUGGCGGGACAAACGAGCUCUAUGGGACAGUGAACAGCAUUAAUAAUGGACCAUUCACCGCUCGAGCAUUCCCUAACUCCACAAUGAUUGGAAUAGGCCUGACUCCAGAGGGGAUCAAUCAGAACGAGGUCAUGUAUGAGUUUAUGAUGGAGAACUCUUGGAGAACCGCACCCAGAGAUCUUCAACAGUGGACAGAGUUAUUUGUACGCCAAAGAUAUGGAUAUUCGAAUGCAGCUGUGAAUACUGCAUGGAACCUGCUAAUGAGAAGUGUUUACAAUGCAACAGAUUCUCACAGGGACCAUAAUACUGUCGUUGUAUUCAGGCGUCCAGAUGUACACUACAAUGUUCCCCAAGAUAUCUGGUACACACCACAAGAUCUCUUUGCGGCAUGGCACAAUUUUCUGACAGCGGCCCAUGACUUGCAAGGCAGCGAGCUCUUUCACUACGACAUCACAGAUGUUACCAGAAACAGCCUCCAGUUGGUUGCUCUCUCCUUCUAUCAGAAGAUGAUAGACGCUUACAAUAGCAAAAACAUUGAUGUGGUUCUUCAAGCUGGAGCAAACAUUACAGAUCUCCUCGCAGAUUUGGAUCAUUUGUUGUCUUCCAAUGAACGCUUCUUGGUGGGUCGAUGGAUUGCAGAUGCCAGGUCUUGGGGAACUGAUGCCAAGGAAACUGCACUGUUGGAAUACAAUGCCCGUAACCAGAUAACACUGUGGGGGCCAAAUGGCGAGAUCCAUGAUUAUGCCUCCAAACAGUGGGCUGGUGUUACUGCAGAUUAUUACAAGCCUCGGUGGGAGUUCUUUACACAGUGGCUGGUACAGCUAAUUAAGAAUGGUACACGCUGGAACACUGCCACAUUUGGAGAAAAUAUCAUGACUGCCGUAGAGACCCCAUGGACGUUACAGAGCUACCAGUAUCCUACAGAAGCUAUAGGCAACCCUAUUGACAUAGCAAGAACACUGUUUGUCAAGUACCAGCCUGUCACUAGAGACCCACUAUUUGCAAAACUGGGUAAAGGUCAGAGGUCAAGGCCUUCCAGGAAGGAUCAUAGUUUAAACUUCAGCAAGUACUCAGGGCUGCAUGCUGUAGAUCAUGACAGAUCUUUUAAAAAUAUUUAA